AUGAAGACAUUGCUACUGGUUAUUUUCACUGCAAUUCCACUAGUCUACUGCUCUAAACAAUCGAUUCGAAUAACUGGAAAAUUGGAAUGCCGUGGAAAACCGGCACAGUUUGUUGAACUUCAAUUGCUCGCUUGGGGGAAUAUCCUUGGAAGUGCGAUUCUUGCUGAAAAUGUGUUCACAGAUGCAGAUGGAUACUUUGAUAUCUCUGGUUAUGCCGAUCAAUACUUCACAAUUUCUGGUCGUUUAUGGAUUUGGCAUACUUGCUUUUUCGAUGCGAGCGUUCAAAAAGAUCCCUGUAAGAACUGGUUGGAGUUCAAAGUUCCUGAUGAUUUUGUGAGUCAAGGAGCUAUUCCGUUAUUGACAUGGCCAUUGGGAUUCAUUGAUUUGGAGAAAGAGCAACGAAAUGAACACUUGGAUAAGUGUCAAUAA